GGGCGCGCGCCUGUGAUCAAACCACCGGAAGUUACUGCUUCUGGGUUUGAGGGGAUUUCUGACGCCGUGUAAAUAAGAGGAGGGCACUUUGGAGAUGAGCGUGGAUUUGAGCAACGGCAUCGAGAAUGUUCCGGUUUUAAUUACGCCGAAUUCCGCCGUAAUGACUUUUCCUGAAUUCCAGGUUUUGUGCAGAACACAAACACACCAAACCCUGCAGUAUUCCCCAGAUAACAUUCAAGGCCCCGGGUGCACCACUGACCCCAGUGAGGUCACCCUUCCCGGCUGCUCCUGCCGCUUCGCCUCCUGCCGCCCCGAGAACUGCUCCUGCCUGCGGGCGUACGGCGUCGCCUACGACGGGGCGGGCGCCCUGCUGGCCCGCGGCCCGGCGGCCUCCGGCUACUGCUCCCCGGUGUUUGAGUGCAACGCCCUGUGCGCCUGCAGCGACGCCUGCUCCAGCCGGGUGGUGCAGGGAGGGCUGCGGCUGCGGCUGGAGGUCUACGCCACAGAGGGCAAGGGGUGGGGAGUGCGGACGCUGGAGGCGAUCCCACGGGGGACGUUCGUGUGCGAGUACGCCGGAGAGGUGAUCGGUCCGGAGGAGGCCCGGCGCAGGCAGGUCGCCCAGAGGCCCGGGGACAACAACUACAUCAUCGCGGUGAGGGAGCACGCGGGCGAAGGCUCCGUUACCGAGACGUUCGUGGACCCCGCCGCCGCGGGGAACGCCGGCCGCUUCCUCAACCACUCCUGCCGGCCCAACUUGUUCAUGCAGCCGGUCCGCGUGCACUCGCUGGUUCCCCGGCUGGCGCUGUUCGCCGGGCGGGACGUCGCCGCCCGAGAGGAGCUGACCUUUGACUACGGCGGGCGAUACGGCAGCCAGCUCCCGGCGGCCACACAGAGGGGCGGCGACCCGCAGGCCGCUGGGACGGAGCGGCUCCAGAGGAAGGCGUGCCACUGCGGGGCCAACAACUGCGUUCGCUUCCUUCCGCUGGAUUUAUCCGUUAUCGAUGCUAAUUAGCUUUUUGAAUAAAUGUAUCUUUACUUAGUUCUGUUAUUUCUUGGUUAGUACAGAGAGUCAUUGGAAUAAGUGCCGGAGGCGUCAUGUCUGCGUGUCACCGCUUCCUGUUUGGUCACCUGCAGCGCCCCUCACGCAAUGAAAACCAAAACAUGGUUUUAUUAAGAGUAAACUUCUCGAUAAAUGUUCUCCACCAGGAGAUGUUUGCUCUGCACCAAGAGGUCUCUGCCCGGUCGACUGUCUCUUCCUGGAGGUUUAAAGUCCUUUACUUCCGCCACACGUGAGGCAUCAUUUUCUGUGACAGAGAUUGCAGGACUUUUAUUUUAUAGGUGUUUAUAGGCUACAGAAUCCAUUCCUACACCUUCUGCACUGCUUUUUACCAAAACGUGUCACCAAAAUGCUCCAGUAAAGAAAUAAAUAACUUGAUUCUGUUUUGAUCCACUUGAUGUUUCUCUUCAAUCCAGGCAGCCUCUCUUUGGAGGUAUUCUCGGCUUCUCGGUGCACUCAAACCUCAAGAGAGGUGGGACCAAUUUAAAAGGGCCAGAGGGUAUUUUUUAAUAUAGAAACCGACUUUUAUCUCCUUGUCAAAGGAGGGGCCAAGGUGUCCCACUUCAGCAUGAUGAUUGUGAAACCAGCUCAAUCUGCCCUGCUUCUAGUCUAGACCUGCUUUCAUCUUAUUAAUAUCCACUUCUGGGUUAAUGAGGAUGGAGACCGUGUGUCAGCCACAAAUGGGACCAGCGGGGCCGUUUCAAUGAUGGGGGGGGGGUGGAAGCCCACAGGAGACUACUGGCAAUCUUCUAGUUUGGAGG